UGUACAUCAAAAUAGAUUAAAAAUUAGAUAUACGAGUUCUCAACAAGCAAGAAUUUUAAUCGCUUACUUCACAAUGCUAUUCAGUCGCAUACUUCACACUGUUGCAUUCAGGUUUUAUUAAAUUGGAACAUGACAUUUUGCGCGCGCUAUUUACAAAUAGUAUCUCUUGUUUAUCACAAAUGGGCACGAAACAGAGUAUCUAUGAGAAACCUGGUACUUUGGAUUACUAUAGAUUCAGUGCGGAAGAAUAUGCAUUGGUUAAAAAAGUCUGGUCGGGGAUCGAAAUUAACCCUCAAUUUCACGGCAACGCUUGGCUCAUGAGCUUUUGCAAAGCUUAUCCGCAAUAUGUGAAAUUUUUUACGCUGGAGCCCAAUUUGCUCGUGAUCUUCGAUGCGCAUACUAUGACGAAAUUUUCAGUGAUCAUGGAAACAAUGGGUUAUCUUCUAUUGGACUUCAAUGAUAGGCCGAAACGGUUGGAUCGAUUUGUUGGUUAUAUAGCGAUGGUGCACAAGGACAUGCGAUUAGAUGAACAAGAUAUGUGUAAUCUCGUAACGUCUUUAUUCGAAUACUUGUCACAAACGUAUCCCGCGCAAAUGACCUCGCAGUGUCGGGAAGCAAUGUCCAGGUUCAUGGAUAAGAUUAUAAAGCAACUCUCCAUAAAGAUGGAAGCUUUUCGUCGUUACGACGACGCGCAAUCGGAUUCGACAGCGCGAUCGAAAUCGGUAAAAGAUGCAUAACUUGGCCUCGGGACAAUGAUGUUAAAACUAUACAUUGCUAUUUCUAACCAAACUAAGCAAGUUAAAUUGAAGUUCUAUAGUAUUUUAUAUCGAAAAAUAUAACAAAACUUCUUGAAAAUAUUAGAUUGAUCAAAA